CUUCCCUCAACCCUUCCCACAAACUGGGAGGAAAACUGAGACCUCCUGGUCACCCGCCGCCGGGCCUUUUAGAAACUCCCACAAGCUCUGCCUUCCCUCCCUGGUCCUCUUCAGACCCCCUCUUGGUUCUUCGCGGCUAACGGCUCGCGCUCGGGGCCGGGUGUGGAGCUGGAACAGAGGGCUGGCAAGGCGCGCAUGCGCACCGAGGGUGGAGCCGCUGAGCACAGAACCGGAAACUUAGAGACAAAGUUCGGAGCCCCGCCCCCGCCGCGCGCCGCUGAGUUGUCUGUCCCCGUCGACCCACGGCCCACUACCCACCGACCCACGAAUCGGCCCGGCCGUCGCGUGCACCAUGUCUGGCUCCUCCAGCGUCGCCGCUAUGAAGAAAGUGGUUCAACAGCUCCGGCUGGAGGCCGGACUCAACCGCGUAAAAGUUUCCCAGGCAGCUGCAGACUUGAAACAGUUCUGUCUGCAGAAUGCUCAACAUGACCCUCUGCUGACUGGAGUAUCUUCAAGUACAAAUCCCUUCAGACCCCAGAAAGUCUGUUCCUUUUUGUAGUAAAAUGAAUCUUUCAAAGGUUUCCCAAACCACUCCUUAUGAUCCAGUGAAUAUUCAAGAGAGCUACAUUUGAAGCCUGUACAAAAGCUUAUCCCUGUAACACGUGCCAUAAUAUACAAACUUCUACUUUCGUCAGUCCUUAACAUCUACCUCUCUGAAUUUUCAUGAAUUUCUAUUUCACAAGGGUAAUUGUUUUAUAUACACUGGCAGCAGCAUACAAUAAAACUUAGUAUGAAACUUUUA